GACUAGAGGUAGUGCUGGGAGCCCGGCGGAGAUCUGCGGAGCUGAAAUGAAGCGCACACACGGAGCGGCUCACACCACGCAGCGCCGUGCGGCUCAGGAAGAGGCUCCACUCCGCUCCAGCUCAAGCCUGCUGCGGCUGAAUGAAGGGCUCCGUCCAUGCGGAGGCUAGCGCUCUUCCUGCUGCCCUGUGCUGUCGCCGUCCUGGUGCACUUGUGGUUGGCACAACGACCCUCCUUCUCCUUCUUCUUCACCCCGCUGGAGAACAGCACACGCUCGGAUGAGCGCUUGCCUUUCUUUGAUGUUUUGGUGGGAGUUCUGUCCGCAAGGCACCAUCAUGACCUCCGGCAAGCAAUAAGAGACACGUGGCUGGGCUACAUUACAGAUCACCCGCACUUUCAGCACAGAGUGGCGGUGAAGUUCAUUGUGGGUCGACAUGGCUGUCCCAUCCCGGACGAGGACAGGGAGGAUCCGUACUCUUGCUCCCUCCUGAACUUCAGCGAGCCAGUGUCGGGUCAGGAUGCGGAGAUGGAGAUCGUGACGGUGGCCGACCCCUCGCUGCUCGUCGCCGCCGACGUGUCGGCCAUCGCUCUGGACUUUAAAGUCCUGCACCCGGUGGUGAUCACCCGGCUCGGGGUGUUUUCCAGCGGGACGCGGCCGGAGCUGCAUGGCAACGUGACGGUGAAGCUUCUGCAGCUGGACCAGGAGGAGGCUGUGGUUACAGCCCGCUUCAGCUCCAUCAGCAUGGGGACUUUGGUGAACUGGGUGUGGUACAAACCAGUGGAGCAGUUCAUCUUGCCCAAGGGUUUUGAGGGGACGCUGGUUUGGGAGAGCCAGGACUCUGCUCCGCUCACCACCGUCAACUCCUCGUCCGUGGAGCUCAAUGAUGGCGGCGGUGUCCUCAAGAUCUCCUCUAUUGCAGAAGGCGUCUUGCCUCACAGAAGUGCUCUUGGAUUUCCCGGUUUGGCUGGAGGAUUCACAUUUACCAUCUACGAUGAAGACGGAUUGUCCGGGCUCCUGCGAGGCCGCGCUGCCAGGAUGGAGAAGCACGCCUCAAGUUUGAGGCGGGAGGACGCCACUCUGCAGGAGGAAAGCCUCAGGCAUGGCGAUGUGGUGUUCGUAGACGUAGUGGACACCUACAGGAACGUGCCUUCCAAGUUGCUUCAGUUCUAUAAAUGGUCUGUCGGAAACGCUGACUUUAAUCUGCUGCUGAAGACGGAUGAUGAUUGUUACAUCGACGUGGACUCGGUGUUAAUGAAAAUUGACCACAAGGGUCUGAAGCGCAGAAACUUCUGGUGGGGGAAUUUCAGGCAGAGCUGGGCCGUGGAUCGGAUCGGGAAGUGGCAGGAGCUGGAGUACGCCAGCCCGGCUUACCCGGCGUUCGCCUGCGGCUCGGGAUACGUGGUUUCUCGUGACCUUGUCCAGUGGCUCGCCAGCAAUGCAGAGAAGCUGAAAGCCUAUCAGGGAGAAGACGUGAGCAUGGGGAUAUGGAUGGCAGCCGUCGGGCCGCAGAAAUAUCAGGACGCCGGCUGGCUGUGUGAAAAGGAAUGCUACCUGGACAUGCUGUCGUCUCCACAGCACACGGCCAAGGAGCUGCGUGUCCUCUGGGACAGGAAGAGGACCUGCGGAGACCCCUGCGGGUGUCCCUGGGACCGCUGAUCCUGGUCCGCUCCAGUGGCACUGUGGGUAAAAAGAAAACACUUCUUCACUCGUUCAUUUUCUUAAAACGUCAAACUCAGCGGUGGUUCAAUAUUCUGCUACGAUGCAAAGACUUGAAGUGAUUUUCUUCUGAAUUAUAAUGUUGAAAAUAUUAAAAUAAACAAUCUGCAGAUAAAGGGUUUGUUUUAAAGAUGCGGUAUGUACCUUUUAUAAAAAAAAUAUUUAUAUUUGUUGAAACAAUCACUACGUGGUGACAGAUAAUCUGUGAACAAAUCAAACUCCUCUGGCUUCUCCCAGUGCUCCCAGUGAUAAGUAGAAACAACCAGUCAGAGUCUGGAGGUGCAUCUUUGCGCUGCUCAUCUUCCCUCUCCCUCCCGCCAUUGCUAUCUGCUAUGCUGCAGCUAGCACAACCUGUCAUGAAUGCUCAGAUUAGUGAGCAUGAUGGCAGAAAAACAAUUUUCCUGAAUAUGUAAGUCGCUUCUGUGCCUUUAGCACAUUUAGAAGCAAGAACACGAGGUUGAUUGACAGCGCUAAGACCCUCCUCCUGGCUCUGAUUGGUUGUUUUUGGUCAGGAGCAGUGGAGAUGUUUUCACUGAUUAUCUGUCUCAUAGCAAACUGCGAUAACAUGGUGACAGUUUUAAUAGAUAUGUAAAAAAAAAACAUAUAUUUUAAUAAAAGUUGCAUAUUGCAUCUUUAAACUCAGAUUUACUUGUACUUUACUGUCAGUAAUUCUUGUUAGUUUUAACAAUUUUACAAAAGUUUUAGUGAUGGAGAAGAAUCAUGUACAGAAUUACUUCUAGAAGGCUUUAAUAAUGUGAUCUAAAGGGAAUAUUUAAUAGCAUUUUAAAGACGAGUUGCUUUAUUUUGUGAACAUGUCACCCCCCCUUCAACGUUUGUAGAUUUCUCACAAGCAGCAACUCUUUGUACUGUAUCAGUUCUCGUGCAAAUAGUGAGUGAUGUGGCCUUACCGUGUUUGUUCGCCAUCGUUCCGUACGUCUCAGACGUCUUGAGCGACUGAAUCGGAUGCUUCAACAAGCAGACGCUCUCAGAGGUGAACAAAGAACCCAAGAAGAGAGAUGAAGACUUUGCUUGGUGUUUAUUUCCGGCUGGAAACUCGACCUCUGCAAACAUGAAGUCAGUAGACUUGAGUCUUCUUUAAAAGGAAUAAGAAAUCCUCCUCCAGUAAUUGUGUUGAAGCGACAGGAAGCAGAAAUCUGCUGGAAAAUCUUUGAAGAACUGAUCGAUGUUGAUCAGAAGACAGCAGAUCGAAGCUGAGUUCCGACAGCUAAGAUCCCCCCCAGGCUGUUUGUUUUCGUAAAUAAUGAAAGCUGAUGCUUCAUAUUUUAUUAAAGCAGAAUUAUACAACU